AAUUUUUUUGGAGCUGAGGACCGAACCCAGGGCCUUGUGCUUGCUAGGCAAGUGCUCUACCACUGAGCUAAAUCCCCAACCCCUUAGCAACUCUUUAUUUUUAGUUUCCUCUUCCUAAAAUGGGAAUGUUAAUAGUCCUUUUCAUGAGGAGAUGAUUUCAUGUUAUCUGUCCCUGUGCACAUAUAUGUGCUUGUAUAUGUGCAUGUAUGUCAUAUGAUUGUGUUUGUGUGUGUAUGUGUGCGUGUUGUUUGGUGCGUACCUGUGCUUCUGUGAGGCACUCGCCUCAUUUCGUUGAGGCAGGGCCUCUUCCUGAACCUGAAGGUUAUACUUGUCAGCUAGGCUGGCAGCCAGCGAGCCCAGCAGUGCUCCUGUCUCCCACCCCAGUGCUGGGCUUAAGGGCUUGGGGGCCGCACUCUGAGAUGUCAACCCUGUUUCCCAUACUUGCAUAAUAAUUGCUUGACUACUGAGAGGCCUCUCCGGUACUAAGAUGAUAUAAUUUCAAGGAAAUAAAAUAAUCAUCUGAAAUGUUUUAGCCAUGAAUAUACUCAGUGAAUGAUAACUGGUAUUAGUCAUACUCUGUGAGUGGUAAACUAGUAUUAGCAAUACUCAUUUGUAGCAUUCCUAGCUAUCUAUACUGUUUUUAAAAACGAAUUUUUCUUUUAAGUCAUCUGUGUGUGAGUGUGCACAGGUAUAUAUGGACCCCAUCUUCAAGUAUUAUUUCUUAGAUGCCACUCACCUUGUUUUAUGCAGCAGUGUCACUCACUGGGACCUGGGGUUUUCUGAGCAGGCUAGGCUGGCUGGCCCAGGUACCUCAGGGAGUCUCAUGACCCCCCCACAGUGACCAGGGUUCUGAGGAUCAAACUCAGGUCCAGAUCCUUUGGCCAGUGAGCUGUCUUCAGCCCUGCCCCUUUUUACUUUAGGCAGGUAGCCCACAUUGACCUCCAAACGCAUGCCUCUGCAGGCUGCGUUCUCCCUCACAGGACUGCAGUGUAGUCCUUGCAUCUUAGGGUCCAGACCUAGUGGACGACUUGCUAAUGUGGCCACAUUACUGGCCAUUCGGGCUUGGGCUCCUCACUGGGUCUCCUCACUGCUACUCAGCCUCCUUCUGCCUUUUGAAAGAGUGCUGUGGCCUGUCCUGUGGAAACUGCUCCAGCAACCACAGUUGGAGUUAACCAUUCCUGGGCUCCCCUAUCCUAAUGACACAAGCGCCUCACAGUCCCUGUGCCCUCAGGCUUGCCAAGAAUGGUCAGGCACUGAUGGCUGCUGCCCUUAGGUCUGCACUUCCUUCCCUACCUCACCUGACUGCUGUGCCUCCUGCCGAACAUCAUCAUCCUUUCAGCCUUGGAGGGAGGUGCAUAGCUAAGCCCAGCCCCUCCAGAGUUGCCGCCAAUGGGAGGUGGUGAGAGAGGGACAUCAGAGGACAGGCAAUCUCUGCAGCCAGGGGGCGUGCGGCUCACUGCUGAACUGCCAAGUUACAAUAGUUCCUUAGCAAAGCAAGGCUUUCACAUUUCUAAAGCAUCCGAUUGCACAGACUGUCACUGACAAAAUAAACUUUUUAGUAUCAGAUACACUUUUACUGAUGUCCCUUAACUUUACACCACUUUGGGGGUCUUUAGGAAAAUUUCCAUAUUCUCCAAACUUAGCUCCCCACUGUGUUUAGUUGUCUGGUUUAAAGCACAGUACAGAUGAGUAUGAGGUGAGCAUUUCAGUGUCACCCUGUACAGGCACCUGCCCUCGGUCAGCGUGACACGUGCCGGUCCUCACAAGUCCCUGCCCACGGUCGGGGUGACACCUGUCAGUCCAUGUUAAAUGUGUCGGUCCUGACUGACUCCUGAAGAGUGUGACAGCAAUACUGACGGGUGUGUUCUUACCCCUGGCUUAUUUCUGUUCAGGUGUGCAUAGACAAGUAGUUAUUGAAGUGAGUAGUGUUCGCUAGACUGUCGUGAACCAUCUGUGUUUAGGGAUGUGAUUUGCAAAAUUUUAUGUUAAAAAGUCAGUAGGUUGGGGUUUUGAGUCUUGGAAGCGGUGAUAUCAAUGGGUGUGUAGGUAAUUUUGACCUGUGGUAACUUAAUUCCUAGUGAUGCAAAUAUAUUGGCAUAAUGGAAGCCUAUGGUUAUCUCAGGUGUAAAUAUCAAUUUACCUUCUAUUAUAUUAAGCAUAGUAAAUAAGAUAUAAAGAAGAAAAAUAUAAAAGAUUAAGUAUGGUGUUGAUAUGUGUAGGCUUCUAGUUAAUGGUCCUCUAUUAAAUGAAAUCUAAAACAGUUCCCAGUCUUCGGGGGAAGAGAUCCCACACAGAUUACGGAUAUGCGGCACACAGGGAAGAUAUCUAAACAAUUAGAAUACAUAAUAAAACUUUGGAUCAUUCUGAUGUAAUUGGGUUGAUUCCCUCUUGGCACGCAUGUUUUGGUUGGCUUAUUUGAAUGUGUUGGGAGAGUUCUGAGCAAGAGGAAAUGAGGAAGUUUGUAGUUCCUCCUGACAGAUUACCGGCUUCACCAAGAACCCUUACCACCUGCUCCAUCCCCAGACCCUUGGACUGAAGCUUCAAGUCCUCAUAACUCCCUUUCUUUUAGACGGAGUUUUCAUGUAUGCAUUCCACUAGCCACUCCUGUCUGAAAAUGCGUGUUAGAUAGAAAGUCAAAAGAAAUGUCCCUUUACCCCUAGGGCCACCACCAGCCACUCAUAUCUCUAGGAGGAGCCAGGACUCUAGGUCUUUCUUUGCUGUCGACUUGGGAUGUGGCCUUGGAUGUGGAUGUGGCCAGGUCAUGGAAUGACUCUGGGCUUUAGACUUGUUAUCUGUCAGAGUCAUAACAAGCCUUUUAACUCCGCACGUAGUUUUAAAAAGUUACAAAACCCUAAUAAAAUCAGUUAUUUCCUAUGUAUUAGGUAGAGUAAAACUAAUAUUCUAAUAUUAAUUUGGGCUGGGCAUGAUACAUGCCUGUAAUUCCAACAAUUUGUUAGGCUCAGUUAGGAUGAUAUCCUGAGCACAGGCAUUAAAGGUCAGCCUGGAACCCCAUCAUUCUCUCUCUCUGUCUCUGUGUCUGUCUGCCUGCCUCUCUCUCUCUCUCUCUCUCUCUCUCUCUCUCUCUCUCUCUCUCUCUCACACACACACACACACACACACACACACACAUACACACACACACAGAGAGACAGACAUAGAGACAGACACACACAGAGAGACAUAGAGACAUAGAGACAGAGAGAGAGAGAGAGAGAGAGAGAGAGAGAGAGAGAUAUUCUGCUUCAGCUGUGUCCUUUCUUACUGUUAAUUUUUUCAGUGAUUUGUCUUCUAUACAGUACACUCUGAUUUUGGUUCCAAGAACAAACUGCCUUGUCUUCCGUAGGAAGUAGAAUGGAGUCUCACUCAUUCACCAUCCUUUUCUAUUCUCCAUUCAUUCUUGUUUUGUUUUGAUUUUGAUGGGUGUCUCCUGUUGGAACCCAACUGGCCUGGAACUCACAGGCAUCAGCAAGAAGAAUUCAAACGUGUUGUCUAGGAAGGAGUUACAAGAGCUCAUAGAUUAGAUGUGGGGAACAUUGUGGCAGGAGUCUGUGAUCUUGGGAACAUAGUGAUGUCAUGGACAGAAGCUAGGGCUGUUGGGAAGAGAGCUGACUCUAGGAAAGUCAGUAGGGAAUUUUUAGUUCCAGUGGAAUACGGAUACAGAGUUGCCAGAACAAGUUACGUAUUUCACAGUGCACUGAGAAUGCUGGCUUUCUCUGUAGCUGAAGUCAUGACUUGGAGCAGCCUCUUCCUCAUAUUUGGAGCACCCAGAAAGGGGUUGACAGGAGGUACAGUGAUGACGAGGGGUAUGCAGAGGACAGAGAGAUCCCUGAGUGAGUGAAUGUGUGCUUUGACAUGGGCACAGCCUUGUCAAAGGGCACACGGUCUCAGGGUCAGAGAGUUGGCAAAGCCUUCUCAGGGAGACUUGAGUUCAAGUGUUGAUGGUGUGUACAGAAAAGCUUUCCACAAAAGCUUUCUCCUCUGGCUAGUUAAGGCUUGAAGACUGCUCCCUGCAAAGACUGCUCCAACAACAUUGCUAGCUGUGUCUCCUUGGUCCCGUGCACACCAUAGAUCCUGCCUCCUUGCUCCUCUAUAGUAACCUCCCCUCCUUGUUCAUCUGAAUGCAGUAACCUCACCUCUGUUCAACUCCAGAUACUAAACAUGCUGAACUUCCAGGGUGCUGAGGUUUCUCCAUUAGAGAUUCCAGACCAUCUGAUCCCAGGUGUCCGUCUAUCUGUCUUUUCUUCAUUCCCUCACCACCCCAUGUACAAGGACAGGGCAGGGCUAUGAGGCAUGUAGCUGUGGGGUUCAGUGUGUCAUGACCCAGGCUCGGGAGUCAGGUCCUGUAGGUCUGACUUCCAGUCCUCAAGCUCUGUGUGUGUUUCAGUUGAGCAGCUAACCUCGUGUGAAAGGUGGAGUGAGAGAGAUCUGUGUGGCCACUGAUGUCGACUCUCAAUUGUUUUGUGUGUUUCAGUGAGUGACACCCGUGCCUGCAUCAGAUUUCCUGCAUAAGCUAGUUCUGAUAGUGCAUAGGAAUGUUGGAUGCAGUUAAUAGUGUGUGCACCUCUAGUGCCAGUUAUAUCAGCAUCUCCCGAAAUAGCCUUAGGGUGGAAUGGCAGGUGAUAGGUAUGUUGGAUAAUAAAUGAUAAUAGUAUUAUAUAGUAUUUUGUACUCAUAGAUCAAUCAUCUAUAAGAUGGAAUUAUUACACAAAGAGGAAUAAAACAGUCCAUCUAUAUCUGUUUAUCAUCUCAUCUAUUUAUCUAUCUAUCUAUCUAUCUAUCAUCUAUCUGCCAUCUAUCUAUCUAUCUAUCUAUCUAUCUAUCUAUCUAUCUAUCCAUCCAUCCAUCCAUCCAUCCAUCCGUCCAUCUAUUUGGCUUUUCAAGAUAGGUUUUUUUGAGACAGGGUUUCUCUAUGUAGCCCUGGCUAUCCUGGAACUCACUCUGUAGCCCUGGCUGGCCUUAAACUCUGACAUCCUUCUGCUUCUGCCUCCCUCGUGCUGGGGAUUAAAGGCGUGUGCCACUAAUGCCAGGCUGCAGUAUUUUAUAGUAGUACAAUUAAUGCUACUCAGUCUGUCAGCAGGCUGAAGUGGAAGGAUGGAUGGAUUGACAUCACAAGUUACCUAUAUAGUGAGACUCUGUUAAUCUUUAAAAGCAAUUUAAUUUAGAGAAGGAAUAAAAUCUAUAUUUAAGUUUAUUUGUGGUAAAGUUUCUGAUUAAUUUUUCUUGUUCGAGAUCUCAAAUCUUUUCUUUAAAUCAGAAUUUUUAUAGCUUUUUAAAAAAUCAUUUAUUAUUUAUUUUAUUUACGUUUUAAGUGCAUUUGCUUGUAUGAGUUUAGGUGCACAGUCAUAUGCAGGAGUCAGUGGAGGUCAGAUCCCCAGGAAGUGGCGUGGCCUCUGGGAACAGGUCCUCUGUACAGUUAGCCCCGCCGCCAUCUCUCCAGCCCCUCUGUGCAAGUUUGAUUUGGACUCUUGCCCCUUUUAUUUCUCCGUGUAGCUCACCCAAAUAUAAGAAUUCUUGAGAGGUUUCCGAGCCGGCCUGUGGACGCCUAUGGAACUGUAGCUUCACUUUUUUGCUGUGUGGUAGAUGUCGUGGCACUAAGACCCAGAAACUCUGUGCUCUGUGUGGCUGGAACUGGGCUGGCUGUGCUCACACCGAAGGGAAGGAAGUCAUUAGUGCAGACUGAGCCGUGGAGUUAGGGUCUUGCAGGAUUUCCUUCCAGCCUUUCCCCACGUAGGUUCUAAACACACAAACCAAGUUUUCCUACUGACUGUGUUCAGGGAAGGUGGACAUUUCGGAUGGGCAGAUCCGAUCCCAAGUUGUCUAAGAAGCAGAAAACUGCGCAAAGAAGCUCUGAUUACAGAUCUUUGGAAUUUUCUUUGCUAAAUUUUUACAAACGAGAAAUACACCCAGAAUUUUGGGAAUUGCUCCAGGCUGCGUGUGAGGGUUUGAUUGCUUGUCUAAUCUUUUUCUUUUUUUGAGAAGAGGAGAAUUCGCCAAGAGGGGCUUGGAUGGCAGGAGCCCGGCCAGGUUUCUGUGGUAGCUUCUGCUGUUGGUCUCUGCUCUGAGGGGUCUGCGGCCCAUCGGAGAGCUCCUUCCUGGAGCCUUUUCGCAGGCGCGGGUCAGGGAACAUGCCCCGUUCCGGCCCGGGCGCGCCGUUGGCCGCCGGGACGUCCUAGCCCCGAGGGAGAGUGAGUGUGGUGGCCGCGGUACUUCGCGCUGAACCGAAGACGAAGACUGUCCGUCCUAUCCUAUCCGGGAAAGAACGAGGGGGUUCAAGGAGGCAGCAUGACUUGCAGUCGCCGCCGCCCUGCGUCUGCCCCCAGUCCCCAGCCCACCUCUUGAUGCGUCCCGGGUCGGCUGUACAAAUAUGAUGAAAUGGCAGCCCCGGAAGAAGGCAUACUUCCGACAGGGUGUUGCCCUCCAGUACCUCGGCCGGCACGCGGAUGCCCUGGCAGCCUUCGCGUCUGGGCUGGCUCAGGACCCCAAAAGCCUCCAGCUCCUGGUGGGGAUGGUGGAAGCUGCCAUGAAGUCUCCCAUGAGAGACACCCUGGAGCCCACUUACCAGCAGCUUCAGAAAAUGAAACUGGACAAGAGUCCCUUUGUGGUCGUGUCUGUGGUUGGGCAGGAACUCCUGACAGCUGGCCACCACGGGGCCUCCGUGGUUGUCUUAGAAGCUGCUCUGAAGAUUGGCACUUGCAGCCUCAAACUGAGAGGCUCUGUCUUCUCCGCCCUGAGCAGUGCACACUGGUCUCUUGGGAACACAGAGAAGAGCACUGGGUACAUGCAACAAGACUUGGACGUAGCCAAGACCUUAGGUGACCAGACAGGAGAAUGCCGAGCUCAUGGGAAUCUAGGCUCUGCAUUCUUUUCCAAGGGGAAUUACCGAGAGGCCCUCACAAACCACAGGCAUCAGCUGGUGCUCGCCAUGAAGCUCAAGGACCGGGAGGCAGCGUCGUCAGCCCUGAGCAGUCUGGGUCAUGUGUACACAGCCAUCGGAGACUAUCCCAACGCUCUGGCCAGCCAUAAGCAGUGCGUCCUCCUCGCUAAGCAGUCCAAAGAUGACCUCUCUGAAGCCCGAGAGCUCGGGAACAUGGGAGCCGUGUACAUCGCCAUGGGUGACUUUGAGAAUGCCGUGCAGUGCCACGAGCAGCACCUGCGGAUAGCCAAGGACCUGGGGAGCAAGCGCGAGGAGGCCCGUGCCUACAGCAACCUGGGCAGUGCCUACCACUACCGGAGGAACUUUGACAAGGCCAUGUCCUACCACAACUGUGUGCUGGAGCUGGCGCAGGAGCUGACGGAGAAGCCCAUUGAGAUGCGAGCCUACGCAGGCUUGGGCCAUGCAGCCAGGUGCAUGCAGGACCUGGAGAGGGCAAGACAGUACCAUGAGCAGCAGCUGAGUAUUGCGGAGGACCUCAAGGACCGGGCGGCAGAGGGCCGUGCAUCCUCCAACCUGGGGAUCAUCCACCAGAUGAAAGGCGAUUAUGACACAGCCCUGAAGCUCCACAAGACCCACCUGUGCAUUGCUCAAGAGCUGAGCGACUACGCGGCCCAAGGCCGUGCCUACGGAAAUAUGGGCAAUGCCUACAACGCCCUGGGCAUGUACGACCAGGCUGUCAAGUACCACCGUCAAGAGCUGCAGAUCUCCAUGGAAGUGAACGACCGUGCCUCCCAGGCUUCCACUCACGGGAACCUGGCUGUCGCCUACCAGGCCCUGGGAGCCCACGACCGGGCCCUGCAGCACUACCAGAACCACUUGAACAUUGCCCGGGAGCUGAGAGACAUCCAGAGCGAGGCCCGGGCCCUCAGCAACCUGGGGAACUUCCACUGCUCCAGAGGAGAGUACGUCCAGGCUGCACCCUACUACGAGCAGUACCUCCGCCUCGCUCCGGACCUCCAGGACAUGGAGGGAGAAGGGAAGGUCUGCCACAACCUCGGCUACGCCCACUACUGCCUUGGAAACUACCAGGAGGCCGUGAAGUACUAUGAGCAGGAUCUGGCUCUGGCCAAAGACCUCCACGACAAACUGAGCCAAGCAAAAGCCUACUGCAACUUGGGCCUGGCCUUCAAGGCUCUGCUGAACUUCACCAAAGCAGAGGAGUGUCAGAAGUACCUUCUGUCCCUAGCCCAGUCGCUGGACAAUUCCCAGGCAAAGUUCCGAGCCCUGGGGAACCUGGGCGAUAUAUUUGUCUGCAAAAAGGAUGUGAACGGCGCAAUAAAGUUCUACGAGCAGCAGUUGGGCCUAUCUCACCACGUGAAAGACAGAAGGCUGGAGGCCAGUGCCUACGCGGCCCUGGGCACCGCGUACCGCAUGGUCCAGAAGUAUGACAAGGCCUUGGGCUAUCACACGCAGGAGCUGGAGGUCUAUCAGGAACUGAGCGACCUGCCGGGGGAGUGCCGGGCCCAUGGGCACCUGGCGGCCGUCUACAUGGCCCUCGGAAAAUACACAAUGGCGUUCAAGUGUUACCAGGAGCAGCUGGAGCUGGGGCGGAAGCUGAAAGAGCCGAGCCUGGAAGCGCAGGUGUACGGCAACAUGGGCAUCACGAAGAUGAACAUGAACGUGGUGGAGGACGCCAUCGGCUACUUUGAGCAGCAGCUGGCCAUGCUGCAGCAGCUCAGUGGGAACGAGUCCGUGCUGGACAGGGGCCGGGCCUACGGCAACCUGGGGGACUGCUACGAGGCCCUGGGGGACUACGAGGAAGCCAUCAAGUACUACGAGCAGUACCUGUCCGUCGCCCAGAGUCUGAACCGCAUGCAAGACCAAGCCAAGGCCUACCGGGGCCUAGGAAACGGACACAGGGCGACGGGGAGCUUGCAGCAGGCCCUUGUGUGUUUCGAGAAGAGGCUCGUGGUGGCCCAUGAGCUCGGGGAGGCCUCCAAUAAAGCUCAGGCCUACGGAGAGCUGGGAAGUCUCCAUAGCCAAUUAGGGAAUUACGAACAAGCCAUCUCCUGCCUUGAACGCCAGCUGAACAUCGCCAGAGACAUGAAGGACAGAGCCUUGGAAAGCGACGCGGCUUGCGGCCUGGGGGGUGUCUACCAGCAGAUGGGAGAGUACGACACAGCCCUGCAGUACCACCAGCUCGAUCUGCAGAUUGCAGAGGAGACAGACAAUCCCACAUGCCAGGGCCGAGCCUACGGGAACCUGGGUCUCACCUAUGAGUCCCUGGGCACUUUUGAGAGGGCUGUGGUCUAUCAGGAGCAGCACCUAAGCAUCGCGGCGCAGAUGAAUGACUUGGUGGCCAAGACUCUGUCCUACAGCAGCCUGGGCAGGACUCACCACGCCUUGCAGAACUAUUCGCAGGCAGUCAUGUACUUACAGGAAGGUUUAAGGUUAGCUGAGCAACUAGGUCGGAGAGAAGAUGAAGCGAAAAUUCGCCAUGGGCUCGGCCUCUCCCUUUGGGCCAGCGGGAACCUGGAGGAGGCUCAGCACCAGCUUUACAGAGCAUCGGCCUUGUUUGAAACGAUUCGGCACGAAGCACAGCUGAGCACAGACUACAAGCUCUCCCUGUUUGACCUGCAGACGUCAUCCUACCAGGCCCUGCAGCGGGUGCUCGUCAGCCUAGGCCAUCAUGAUGAAGCCCUGGCAGUAGCAGAAAGGGGCCGGACAAGAGCAUUUGCUGACCUGCUGGUGGAAAGACAGACUGGACAACAGGACUCCGACCCCUACUCACCCAUCACCAUCGAUCAGAUCUUAGAGAUGGUUAAUGCCCAGCGGGGACUGGUGCUGUACUACUCCCUGGCCGCCGGCUACCUCUACAGCUGGCUGCUUGCCCCUGGAGCAGGAAUCCUGAAGUUUCACGAACAUUACUUGGGUGAUAAUUCGGUGGAAAGUUCCAGUGAUUUCCAAGCUGGCAGCAGUGCAGCGUUGCCCAUAGCAACCAGCUCUACACUGGAGCAGCACAUCGCCAGUGUCCGGGAGGCCCUGGGGGUGGAGUCUUACUACUCCAGGGCCUGUGCCAGCAGUGAGACAGAAAGCGAGGCUGGAGACAUCGUGGAGCAGCAGUUGGAGGAGAUGAACAAGCAGCUUAACUCAGUCACCGACCCCACAGGCUUCCUGAGGAUGGUGCGCCACAACAACCUCCUGCACAGGAGCUGCCAGAGCAUGACAAGCUUGUUCAGUGGUACGGUAUCACCCAGCAAGGACGGGACCUCCUCCCUGCCCAGGAGGCAGAACUCACUGGCCAAGCCCCCACUCCGUGCCCUGUACGAUCUGCUCAUCGCGCCCAUGGAAGGGGGCUUGAUGCACUCCAGCGGCCCCGUGGGCCGGCACCGGCAGCUGGUUCUGGUUCUGGAGGGGGAGCUCUACCUUGUCCCCUUUGCUCUCCUGAAGGGCAGCGCCUCCAACGAGUACCUGUAUGAGCGCUUUACCCUCAUCGCAGUGCCUGCCGUCCGCUCGCUUGGUCCGCACUCCAAGGGUCACCUGAGGAAGACCCCGCCCACGUAUUCCAGCUCCACCGCCAUGGCAGCUGUCAUAGGCAACCCUAAGCUCCCCUCAGCAGUGAUGGACAGGUGGCUGUGGGGGCCGAUGCCCUCGGCAGAAGAGGAGGCAUACAUGGUGUCAGAGCUUCUGGGCUGCCAGCCCCUUGUAGGCAGUAUGGCCACCAAGGAAAGGGUCAUGAGUGCCCUGACCCAGGCUGAGUGUAUCCACUUUGCUACCCAUGUCUCUUGGAAACUAUCGGCCUUAGUCCUCACGCCCAACACAGAGGGCAACCCCGCCAGCAGCAAGAGCUCCUUCGGUCACCCCUACACGAUCCCCGAGUCACUGCGGGUGCAGGAUGACGCAAGUGAUGUGGAAAGCAUCUCAGACUGCCCACCGCUGCGGGAGCUGCUCCUCACCGCGGCCGACCUCCUGGACCUGCGGCUGUCUGUGAAGCUAGUGGUGCUCAGCUCUUCCCAGGAGGCCAACAGCCGCGUCACAGCGGAUGGCCUGGUGGCACUGACACGGGCCUUCCUAGCUGCUGGUGCGCAGUGCGUACUCGUGGCUCUGUGGCCCGUUCCAGUUGCAGCUUCCAAGAUGUUUGUCCACGCCUUCUACUCAUCCCUGCUGAAUGGCCUGAAGGCCAGCGCCUCCCUGGGCGAGGCCAUGAAGGCAGUGCAGAGCAGCAAGGCCUUCUCACAUCCCUCCAACUGGGCAGGUUUCACACUCAUCGGCAACGACAUAAAACUGAACAGCCCCUCGUCGCUCAUCGGCCAGGCGCUCACAGAGAUCCUGCAGCACCCCGAGAGGGCACGGGACGCUCUACGAGUGCUGCUGCACCUGGUGGAGAAGUCCCUGCAGCGGAUCCAGAAUGGACAGCGCAACGCCAUGUACACGUCUCAGCAGAGCGUCGAGAACAAAGUAGGCGGCAUCCCUGGGUGGCAGGCUCUCCUCACAGCAGUGGGCUUCCGGCUGGACCCUGCUGCCAGCGGCCUGCCAGCAGCAGUCUUCUUUCCAACCUCAGACCCAGGCGACAGGUUGCAGCAAUGCAGCAGCACUCUCCAGGCCCUGCUGGGUCUGCCCAACCCAGCUCUCCAAGCACUGUGCAAGCUCAUCACAGCCUCAGAGACGGGAGAGCAGCUCAUCAGCCGGGCUGUUAAAAAUAUGGUGGGAAUGCUCCAUCAAGUGCUGGUUCAGCUGCAGGCCUGUGAGAAGGAACAGGACUUUGCCUCAGCUCCCAUUCCAGUCUCCCUGAGUGUCCAGCUCUGGCGGCUCCCAGGGUGUCAUGAGUUCCUGGCAGCUCUCGGGUUUGACCUAUGCGAAGUAGGCCAAGAGGAAGUGAUCCUGAAAACCGGUAAACAGGCUAGUCGGCGCACCACCCACUUUGCUCUCCAGUCCCUACUGUCACUCUUCGAUUCCACCGAGCUCCCCAAGCGCCUCAGCCUGGACAGCUCGUCCUCCCUGGAGUCCCUGGCAUCUGCACAGUCUGUGUCCAACACUCUGCCCUUGGGUUACCAGCAUCCUCCUUUCUCACCCACGGGGGCAGACAGCAUCGCCUCGGACGCCAUCUCCGUGUACAGCCUCAGCUCAAUUGCCUCCUCCAUGAGUUUUGUUUCCAAGCCCGAGGGGGGACUGGAAGGCGGGGCUCCCCGAGGACGACAGGACUAUGAUAGGUCCAAGAGCACCCACCCUCAACGAGCCACCCUGCCACGGCGCCAGAUGUCCCCCCAGGCCAGACGUGGGGUCAGCAAGGAAGAAGAAGAAUACGAGGGGUUCUCCAUCAUCAGCAUGGAACCUCUGGCGACCUACCAAGGCGAGGGGAAGGCGCGCUUCUCCCCAGACCCCAAGCAGCCCUGUGUCAAGGCACCAGGUGGGGUGAGGCUUUCGGUCAGCUCCAAGGGCAGUGUCAGCACCCCCAACUCCCCCGUGAAGAUGACCCUGAUCCCCAGCCCGAACUCACCCUUCCAGAAAGUGGGUAAACUGGCAAGUUCAGACACAGGUGAGUCGGACCAGUCCAGCACGGAGACCGACAGCACUGUGAAGUCCCAGGAGGAGAGCAGCCCAAAGCUGGACCCCCAGGAGCUGGCCCAGAGGAUCCUAGAGGAGACCAAAAGCCACCUCCUGGCGGUAGAGCGCCUUCAGCGGAGCGGUGGCCCAGCCAGCCCUGACCGAGAAGAUGGGGUGGUAGCACCCAGCAGCACCACAGUCUUCAGGGCCUCAGAGACCAGCGCCUUCAGCAAGCCUAUCCUCUCUCAUCAGAGGAGCCAGCUGUCCCCACUCACUAUCAAACCACAGCCCCCAGCCAGGAGCUCUUCCCUUCCCAAGGUAAGCAGCCCUGCCACAUCAGAGGUGUCAGGCAAGGAUGGCCUGAGCCCGCCUGGCAGCAGCCAUCCAUCGCCCGGCCGUGACACCCCAGUCUCCCCGGCAGACCCUCCGCUCUUCAGACUCAAGUACCCCAGCUCUCCGUACAGCGCUCACAUUUCCAAGUCCCCCCGGAACACAUCCCCCGCGUGCAGUGCGCCAUCCCCUGCGCUCUCCUACUCUUCAGCUGGCUCUGCUCGCUCCAGUCCUGCUGAUGUCCCCGAUGAGAAGGUGCAGGCGGUGCACAGCCUCAAGAUGCUCUGGCAGAGCACACCCCAGCCCCCCAGGGGCCCCCGAAAAAUAUGUCGAGGUGCACCAGGAACCUUGACAUCCAAAAGAGAUGUCCUCAGCCUGCUGAACUUGUCCCCUCGCCAUGGCAAGGAGGAGGGCGAGGCAGACAGGCUGGAACUGAAGGAGCUGUCUGUGCAGCGGCGUGACGAGGUGCCACCCAAAGUCCCCACCAAUGGCCACUGGUGUUCGGAUGCAGCAACACUGACAACAGCCAGUGGCCGCAGCACCACAGCUGCUGCCUCGCGCCCUCUGAGACUUCCCUUGGCCAACGGUUACAAGUUCCUGCCCCCAGGAAGGCUCUUCCCUUCCUCCAAAUGUUAGAGCAUCUUCUUGACCCUGACUCAGAGUCCAGGGGUCCCUCAUCCUUGUGGUCACCUGCCCACACAGCCGCUGAUGCCAUCUCUCUCCGGACAGGUGGGCUCCCUGGGCAAGGUCACUGCCACGCCAAAUACCGCAGUACUCAAGGGUAGCCCCUGGGCCAGAUUCACCAAAAGCAGGUCUUGUGUGGGAAUGGCAGUGCCUUCUCUGCCGCUGCCCUGCUCGAGUCUCGAGUCUCGUGACGCUCCUGCCGCAGGGCCUGUGGGAGGCGAGAGCACAGGGCUUGCUACCAAGUCUCUAUGCAUACCUUUCCCUCAGGAGCACAGACAGCUCUUGUUGGGCUUCCAGGUGCUGGUGGGAUAAAUAAUGUUCUAAGUCAAGUUCUGCACUGAUGCGUUACGUUAGCCAAAAGGAGAACUGUGGUUUUUAAAAUGCCAAUUCUUUGUGAUUAAAUUGUAGCCAUUCUGGUGGAUACGGAAGUCACAGCCACAAUGCAAUAACUCAUGUUGAAAGCUUGCAUCCCCAGCUGCUCCCCAUGAGCUAGGCCAGGGGGUCUUUAGACCCCACUGCUGGCCAAACUUGAAUUUUCUUAAAAAAAAAUAAUAAAAAUAAAAAUUCUGUACUCUUGUCCAGGCAUUUUAGAACUAUGCAAUUGUGGUUUAAAACACAACAUUGUACUUUUAAAACAUAACUGACCUUUUUUGUACAUGGAUAAACACUUGGUUUUAUUAUCAAUAGUACUUUGCAUUUAUAGCUGUUAUUUUUAAAAGCUCAAGAAAUUUUAAAUGCCAAAUUUUGAAUAUUCAUCCGUAAGAAGUAAUCAAGUUUUCCUGGUGGUAUGGUUGAAAUUAUUCAAUUUCCUUAUUUAAAAAAAAAAGAGAGAGAAAGAGAAAAAAUAACAAAAAAAAAAAAAACAAAUAUCCAGUCCCCUGGCCAGCUAGACCAGAACCCCUGCCACUCCAUCAGCUGCCUUGCUGCGUCUCUUCUCCCUGCAGACCUCUCUCCUCAGCUGGUCACCAGGCCCCACAGCCCAGCUGGUCUCUUGUGACUGCUGGCUGCCACUCUCCAGGUCAGUCUUUGCAAGUGCUGCAACAGUUUGAGCUGCACCACCAGGUCAGGGGAAUAGCACUGAGAUUGAGACCCUCCUUCCCUCCUCACUAUGAGAGCAGUCAUCUGGGCCGAGAUCCAUCAUCACAGGGGUCUGGGGGCCUGGCUGGCAUCAUGACCCGAAGGGCACUUCUGACCUUGAGUAGGCCCUGACUUGGGUUUGUUCUUGGUUAUGGGGUCUCCAGCCCAAGCUAGCCUUUCAGAUUUGCAGGGAUCUGUGUGCCUCAACCUGCACCAACACACCACGCUAGGACCUCACUCUAGCCGCUCAUGGACCUCUGCCUCAGUGUGCUGUUUUGCAAACUGACUCCAUGUUAUGCUCCACUGAGUCUUGCUGUAGAGGAUUCUACAUUUGACCCAACAACCUUGCUGACAACCACAAUAAGGCGGCUGUCACAUUCUGGCCUGGCCCUGGCUCUAGGAGAGAAAUACUUCAUGAAGCAGCGUGUACUAUCUUAGCUUAGCAGGGAGCUAACUGGCUAUGUAGCAGAUGAAAACCAAACCCAGCACUGUGCAUACCACUUGCAAAGAAGUCAGGUCCUUGGCAACCAAGAUUCAACCUCAACACAAACGCGGGUGGCUGGGCUCUGUCCUUCCCAGCCACCACCUCAGCCUCUCCCCCAAAGUGCCCAGGAGCCUGGCUCUUUGUGCUCUGUCCAGGAUGCAGCCCGCCAUCAGCAAAUACCUCCACCCCUCAGACCAUGUGUGGUUGUUAAGCCAUGGAGGACGACUCCCAGGCUGCCCUGGUGAAUGCCUAGGUACACUGUUGUUUUUCUGAUCAGCACAGAAGAGCUAAUCAGUACCUGGGAUGCUUUUUAUUUGUAAGUUUCAAUGAAGGAAAAGAGUUGGCAAGAUAACGGGACCGGUGUGCAGACCCAAGUCAUCGUUUAUGUCAGUCUUGGCGACUCCAUGCAUGUGAAUAAAGUCAAGUGAAGUUCUCAGCUACGUCGAGAAGAGGACACUUAAAAAUCAUGAGACUGUUUGAUCAGAGUUCUGUAUGGGUCAGGGGUUGGCGACCGUGACCCACAAGCUAAGCUGGUGAAUGAGUUUGAAGUUCCGUUUGUUUGUUUCGGCCGUAAGCCAGUGGUGGAUUUCACCUUUUAAAAUGGUUAAUGAGUACAGCAGAAGUCCUGAUUUUUGCCUCUUGGUUCACAAAGCCUGAAGUCGCCUGUUAACCCAGCCUCUUAAAAAGGAAGGUUGGCAACUCCUGGUGCACACAACAGAAAAACGCAACUGAAAUUUUGUUCCACGGCCAGGAAGUAUUCAAGGAAGCAGGGGAGACCGACUGGCCCAUCGGGCCCAAAGCCUCGAGGGCUCACACCUGGUGCAGAUGACUCCUACCUAGCUCUUGGCUCUUCAUCCCCUGUGGGAGAAGUCGACAGAUAGGAGUCAAAGUUACAAAAGUGGUCUCUGUUUCCCCUCUGCUGGUAGUGUAGAGAAAUUCCCUUAAGCUCAGGAAAUAAAAGUUUUUAAUAAAUUUUUUCUUAAAUGUUCUACCCCGGCUCUACCAGACAAAGACAUGCUCCAGACAAGCAGCGGCUUCCUCGGGGAGCUUGGUGAGACCGCAAAGCAAGGCCGUAGGCUACCCCAGUUUUCACCAGCAAUGACUCCUAACUGUAAACACACCCAAGAAAAUCACCUACCAAAACUUACACGUUGUUUCUGCACCAAUGUGCAGGUCUCACCUUCCUCCCUUAAAAAAAAAAAAAAAAAAAAUCAGUCCACCCUGAUCGGUGGUGAGGUGCUGCCCAUAGGGUCCAGCUGCCCUGGCCAUGCACACGGUGGCUUCGGUGUUCCUUAGCACCUUGUAAGUGGGCAAAUGCAACAGUGCGGCUUCCCCUCACACACUGUUGUUGGAAUAGGCUGUACUCGAGGCCUGUGAACUGGGCCUGUUUGUAGAGGAUCCUUCAGAAAGCGCCCACGACAGCACUCAUGCCCCCAUCCUGGGCACCUCCCUCCUUGGCAUUCACUCUCCUUAGAUGCAUUGUUAGCCACCUUUGGCCUACACGGACUCUUUUUGUAAAUUACACAAUUUCCAGACAGCAUUAAACUUUUUAUAUUAUGAGAUUUGCCAUGUAAAAAGAACUUCAUAUUUUUAUUGAGGCUGCGGGCGCUUGGCCCUUCCUUUGUGAUUCAGUGUCUAUUAAAGCAUGAGCCUGUCAGUUUUAAA